AUGAAGAAUAAUCGACCGCCAGUCAGUUAUAAUCGACCGCCAGUCAGUUAUAAUCGACCGCCAGUCAGUUUUGAUCGACCGCCAGUCAGUUAUGAUCGACCGUCAGUCAGUUAUGAUCGACCGCCAGUCAGUUAUAAUCGACCGCCAGUCAGUUAUAAUCGACCGCCAGACAUCAGUUAUAAUCGAUCGCCAGUCAGUUAUGAUCGACCGCCAGUCAGUUAUGAUCGACCGCCAGUCAGUUAUGAUCGACCGCCAGUCAGUUAUAAUCGACCGCCAGUCAGUUAUGAACGACCGCCAGCCAGUUAUGAUCGACCGCCAGUCAGUUUUAAUCGACCGCCAGUCAGUUUUAAUCGACCGCCAGUCAGUUUUAAUCGACCGCCAGUCAAUUUUAAUCGACCGCCAGUCAGUUAUAAUCGACAGCCAGUCAGUUAUAAUCGACCGCCAGUCAGUUAUAAUCGACCGCCAGUCAGUUUUAAUCGACCGCCAGACAUCAGUUAUGAUAGACCGCCAGUCAGUUAUGAUCGACCGCCAGUCAGUUAUGAUCGACCGCCAGUCAGUUAUGAUCGACCGCCAGUCAGUUAUAAUCGACCGCCAGUCAGUUAUGAACGACCGCCAGCCAGUUAUGAUCGACCGACAGUCAGUUAUGAUCGACCGACAGUCAGUUUUAAUCGACCGCCAGUCAGUUAUAAUCGACAGCCAGUCAGUUAUAAUCGACCGCCAGUCAGUUUUAAUCGACCGCCAGUCAGUUAUGAUCGACCGCCAGUCAGUUAUGAUCGACCGCCAGUCAGUUAUGAUCGACCGCCAGUCAGUUAUGAUCGACCGCCAGUCAGUUAUAAUCGACCGCCAGUCAGUUAUGAACGACCGCCAGCCAGUUAUGAUCGACCGACAGUCAGUUUUAAUCGACCGCCAGUCAGUUAUAAUCGACAGCCAGUCAGUUAUAAUCGACCGCCAGUCAGUUUUAAUCGACCGCCAGUCAGUUUUAAUCGACCGCCAGUCAGUUAUAAUCGACCGCCAGUCAGUUUUAAUCGACCGCCAAUCAGUUAA